UUUUCUAUUUCUAUAAAAAGAGUUUCCUUAUUUCAGUUAAUCAUUUAGUAAAUUAACUUUUCUGUUCAUUCCAAUCACACACUAGUCAACUAACGACUUGUCAUUUAAAUCUACACCAAUUGCAAUUUUUUUGUUCUCUUCUUCAAAUCAAAAAAAAAACCUCAAAGUUUAACAUUUUCAAUUUUUCUUGUUCAAUAUCACCUACACCAAUGGAAGACCAAACAACCUACAGCAUUGCUGCUGAUGCUAAUUCCAGUCUUGAACAUUUGGCUGCGUUGGACAUUGACUCGAAACCUCCACUGGUUCGACAAACUGGAAUAAUAUGUACCAUCGGUCCUGCAUCUCGAGAAGUUCCCAAGCUUAUUCAGAUGAUGAAAGCUGGUAUGAAUAUCGCUCGAAUGAACUUCUCCCAUGGAACCUAUGAUUACCACCAAGGAACAAUUGAUAAUGUUCGAGAAGCGGUUAAACAAUUAUCAAUUGAAAAUAAAGUCGCUGAACAUCCGGUUGGAAUUGCUUUAGAUACUAAAGGACCUGAGAUAAGAACAACCUUAUUAGCCGGUGGACCUUCAGCUGAGGUUGAAUUAGUUCGUGGAGCAUCAAUCAGGGUGACCACUAACGAUGCAUUUAUUGAUAAGUCUACUAUUGAUCUUUUACAUGUAGAUUAUAAAAAUAUUGUUAAAGUAGUUGUUCCCGGUAGUAAGGUUUAUAUCGAUGAUGGUCUCAUCUCUUUGGUUGUAAGGGAAGUUGGAUCUGAUUAUUUACAAUGUGAAGUUGAAAACGGUGGUCUAUUAGGAUCCAAGAAGGGUGUUAAUUUGCCUGGGGCACUUGUUGAUUUACCCGCUGUCUCUGAAAAAGACAAAGCUGAUUUAUUGUUUGGUGUUAAGAAUAAAGUUGACAUGGUAUUUGCAUCAUUUAUUCGUAAUGCUGCCGGUGUACGAGAGAUCAGAAAAAUUUUAGGUGAAGAGGGUAAAAACAUUAUGAUCAUUUCUAAAAUUGAAAAUCACGAAGGUGUUAAAAAAUAUGAAAUUAUCGCUGAAUCUGAUGGUAUUAUGGUUGCUCGAGGUGAUUUGGGUAUUGAGAUACCCACUGAGAAGGUUUUCCUUGCUCAGAAGAUGAUGAUCGCUAAAUGUAACAUGAUGGGUAAACCGGUUAUCUGUGCCACCCAAAUGCUAGAAAGUAUGGUGAAAAAACCUCGACCCACUCGAGCUGAAAGUUCUGAUGUGGCUAAUGCUGUUCUAGACGGUGCUGACUGUGUCAUGCUCUCAGGUGAAACAGCCAAAGGAGAAUAUCCAAUUCAAGCUGUUGCUGUAAUGGCUGCUAUUAGUUUAGAAGCUGAAGCUGCCAUGUUCUCUAAGCGUAUUUUCAUUGAUUUGAGCACCAACACACCUACUCCAGCUGAUUUAACAACAACAAUUGCUAUUGCCGCGGUUAACGCAUCUCUCAAGUGUAUGGCAUCAGCAAUUAUCGUUCUUACAACCACUGGACGAACUGCUCACCUCAUCUCCAAGUAUCGACCUCGUUGUCCCAUUAUCACGGUUUCCCGACGACCUCAGACAACCCGUCAAGCUCAUCUUUGGCGAGGACUUUUACCCAUCUAUUUUUCAGAUGAUCGUUCAGGUGAUUGGCCUCAAGAUGUCGAUGGUCGUAUUCUGGCCGCCAUUGAUUUUGGUAAAUCUCGUGGAUUCAUCCGUAAAAAUGAUUCUGUAAUCGUUAUCACUGGAUGGAGAAAAGGUCCUGGAUCUACCAACACAAUGCGAAUUGUUACCGUUGAAUAAAUCAAACAGAAUCCCGACCAACAGGAAUAAACAAUUAUUACUAAUUAUCCAAAUAUAAUAGUAAUUAAAUCGGUUAAUUGUUUAACAACAAAAUCAAUAGGAAGAACAAAAAAGAGAAUCAAUAAUUAAUUACAUUUGCUGUGGUUUUCGAGUUUGAAAAACAAAAGGAAAAACUCUAAUUAUCCCAAUUAUCAUCUUAAAGAGUUUUAAUUAUUUAAUUUAAAGUCCAAUCUACAAUUAAAUAUAAAUCUAUUUAAAUAAUACAAUCAAAAUAAUACAAAUUGUAAAGAUUUAAAAACUAAAUCAACCCAUUACAUUUGUAUUAAAAAUCUAGUAUUAAUAAUUGAUAAUUAAUGUUGUAAUCAUGAAAAUACAAUUUCACGUAAAAUCGAAA